CCCACUUCGUCGCCGUCUUUCGCACCGCUGCACCCGCUUGCGAACCCAAGAUGCACUACAUCCACCGCCCGGGCAAUGUGCUCUCCCGCGAGCUGCAUAGCCCUCGCAGCGCUGCGAGUUACUCCAACGACCUAGAUUCUCAGUACUGGCUCAACGAUGAUGACCUCGGAGGCAUUGGACAAGACGUCCCCGAUCCCUACUCCCGGGACUCGUUCAGCAGUGGCUACGCUUCCACCUCGAGUGGCCUAUCCUAUGGUAAUCCACGUUCCUGCCUGCCGUAUGCCGACCAGUAUGGUGGCGCCAAUAGAGAGCCUGAAGGACCCGGUGUCUUGUCGUGGGCAGGAUCACCCGCUCUUGAUGGCAGUAACGGAGUUUGGCCAUACCCGUCCUCGGACGCGCCUCAGGGAUGGUCGCCUGAUCAGAGUCUUUACGGCGCCUCGGUUAACACGUCCGACAUCGACGGGGGCGAUGGCUAUAUGCCGCGCCGCCUGUCAUGCUCGUCUCAGUCGUCGUACGCGUCCUCCUAUUCCUCCCCGUACUCCUCGGCCUCGUCCCCUUCGUCAUCGCCGGUCUCCCUCCCCGUGCUUACCCCUCCGGCGACAUCCCACGGCCCUCCUGUGAAAGACCCCAAACCGUACGCUUGUCCAAUCCCUUCGUGCACGAAGCGGUGCAAGACCCAGCACACGCUUUCGGUGCAUCUUCGCGCGCACUCCAAACCCAAGACGCGCCCGGAAUUCCCCUGCUCAGUCCCCGGCUGUCACCUCCACUUCUCGCGUCGACACGACCGUCUGCGCCACGAGGUCGCCAAGCACAACAAGACCACGGACGUUCAUCGCUGCCGGGAGUGUGGCCACGUUUUCUCGUUCAAGAAGACGCUGGGCAACCACCGCUGCUCCGCGGCUGCUGGGAAAACGAAGUGGGUCGGUAAUAACAGCACCACCACUGUCGCCUGAAGACGGGGCUGAAACCUCGAGCUGGGGAGCUGAUGACUUCACUGGCUAUAUUACGGUAUAUAUUUCCAUGAUUUAUCUGUCGACUGGAUAGGAUUGUUGUUGGGCCACCGGCGCGUACACGGACAUGCUGUACGCGCCAGCCUCGUAGACCCGCGGUUUUGCCGCUCUGAGAUGGCAAUGGGAAAAUACUUGUACGAAUCA